AAUAUCCAGCAGUUGACCAGCACUGACAAAACCAUAUAGUGGCACGUUGCUAGCGAGAAACACACCAACGUCUCAGGUUGUUAGGUGGCUAGCUAUCACCACCGACCAAACCAACCAAACCUCGUCAUCAUCGUCAUCACCACCCCAAUGAACUCCCCCACCACCUCAUUUUUCAAUUUUUUCUCCACAACCUAACACCAACAAGCUUUCUUGAUUCUUGAUUUUUCCACCAUGGAAAAAACUAGUGAAGACCCAAACAAGUCUAUACUUGCUGACCCCACCAACACCACUACCCAACCCCUUCUUGAUCCCAUAACACCUCAUCAUCAUUACUACCCUGGCCAAUCUUCUUUAGACCCUGAAGACCAAACUCAGUACCUUCAGAUCUCUUAUAACUUUGGUUCAAGACCCUUUAAAGACCUUCCUUUUGUUAUCCUUUUUACUCUUCUUGUUCUUUGUACUUUUGGUUUUGGUAUCUUUGCUUCUGUUCAUAGAAAUCCACAUCACUCCCAUGUUUCCUCUUUUACCUACAAUUUCACUUCAUCUUCUUGUAAUCUUGAAAAAUCCAACCUUUUGAGUUCUAGUGACUUUUUUUCACUUUACUCAUCGGAUUCUAGUUUCUUGAAAAGUUUAAUUUGGACCCUUGUAGUUACUUUAAUUCUCAGUAUACCCUUUGUGCUCUUUGUGCUUUUCUUGCUUAAGAGGUAUACGAAGCAGAUAGUUUAUGCUUCACUUCCUUUUUUUGUAAUUGUUCCUGUUUUCCUUGAUAUCUACUGGUUUGUUGCUUGUACUGUGAGCUCCAAAUGUAGUGAAGAUUUCCCUUUAGCCUAUAGGAUUUUAGUGCUUGCUUUUGUGUUGUUGUUAAUUGGGCUUCUUGUUUGGAUUUUUGUAGCGAAUUGGCAUAGGAUUGAGUUGACUGUUAAGAUUAUUGGGGUUGCUUCUUAUGCCCUUUCAAGGAAUUUAGGGUUGUUUGGGGUGCUUCCAGCAUUGACUUUAGGGCUGUUGGCAUAUUAUGCUCCGAUCGUUGUUUUCUUAGUGUUUGCUAGGUUUAAUGGAGAGGUGGUACCUAAGGAAAAGAAUGGGGAGUACUAUUGUGUAUGGAAACAGGAUAGGUGGGUUCCUGCUUAUUAUACUUUUGCUAUUUUAACAAUGCUUUGGUCUGCAACAUCAAUGAUUGAGGCACAGGUUUAUGUGAUAAGUGGAACAAUUGCUCAAUGGUACUUCAACAAGGAUGAAUCAGGUCCCAAAAGGUCUAUGAGAAGUGCUUUGAGAAAUGCGUUUGGUCCAUCCUCAGGCACAGUAUGUUUCUCUGGAUUACUGAUCGCUGUGGUUCGUAUGGUUCGUUCCAUGGUUGAUAAUGCAAGACAAGAAGGUUCUGGAAUUGUGAACGUUAUUCUGCGAUGUUGUGUCAAUUCCUUGCUGUCUGCGGUUGAGUUUGUGAACAAAUUCACCAUAAACUUUGCAGCUAUAACUGGUGAAGCAUAUUGCACUUCUGCUAAGAUGACAUAUGAACUUCUAAAGCGCAAUCUUCUCUCCCCAGUUUUUGUGGAGACUGUCUCCACUCGCAUACUGGCUGGAAUAAUCUUUGUUCUCUCAACAGUGUAUGCAGUAUUGGUUUUUGUUGUGGUAAGAGCUGCUAGUCAUCUUGGUGUCGAAGCAUACUUUAUUGCUGCUCUGGCAUGGCUUCUGCUGAUGGUGGUUCUUGGUUACUUCGUGCACGUUUUGGAUAAUGUUAUCGACACAGUAUAUGUUUGCUAUGCGAUUGACAGAGACAGAGGAGAGGUAUGUAAACAGGAGGUUCAUGAUGUUUAUGUGCACCUUCCUAUCAGUAGGAGUCAUAGUUCCGCUGCUUACGGUGCCAGAAGUCCCCUUGUAUAACCAAACCCUUUGGUUGACUUCAAUGUGUUGUAUUCUGUCUGUAAUUCUUUUUCUCCUUUUCGGUUUGCCUUUGUAAUUGCCGGAUUUGCCUGUUAGGCAAGUUGUGCAUUGAGGUAAAUUUAUUUUGUAUAACAGUGUUUAUCCAAUAAUGAUGAAAAUAUCUGCUAACUGUGCCA